AUGGCAGGACAACAAGCAGAUGUUUUAUUUCGUGAGUUCGGUAAUCCGGAGGAUUAUGAGCUCACCGGUGGGAUAUUGCUACCCGUCACAGAAACUAAUUUCACCAUCCAUCUUCAAUACACUCGAAUGGUUCAAGCGGAGCAAUUCUCAGGUUCGCCAAGUGAAGACCCCAUUAAGCAUCUUGAUAGAUUUCUUGAACUUUGUGCCAUGAUACAAACCAACCAAGUUUCUCAAGAAUACAUUCGGAUGCAUCUAUUCCGGCAAUCUCUUGCGGGGAGAGCAAAGAAGUGGCUCAAGCAAGUCAAGCCUAAUUCUCUCACAACAUGGAGAGAAAUUGUCCAAGCAUUCUUGAAAAGGUUCAUCUCCGAAGAGAAAACCGCCGACAUGAGGAGGAAGAUUGCAUCUUUUGAACAAGAGACGGAGGAAAGCCUUAGUGAAGCUUGGGAGAGCUUACUCAUGAGGUUCUUCUAUGAUGGUUUGGAACCGAUGUCUCGAGCUAAUUUGGAUGCGGAGGUGGGUGGACAAUUGAUCAAAGUCCCUCAAAAUGAAGUUGAAGCAACAAUUGAAGAGGUAGUCAAAAACUACUCUUGGGGAGGUAGAAGGAGGAAUGCGCCAAAGAAAGGUGGGAAGUAUGAGUUGGAAAAAGUUGAUCAAUUGCAACAUCAAAUUGAGCUUUUGACAAAGGGGCUCGCAAAGUUGAACACCAAUAUCACUAGUGGUGCAAGCUCCUCCCGAUUCAACUCUUUCUCUUGUCAAAAUUGUGGUGGCACCAACCACGAUAGAUCUUAUUGUGGAGGUUUGAGCCCGGAGCAUAUAGCGGCUUAUAACACAAGGCAAGAUGAAUAUAGGGGAGGUGGCGGUGGAGUAGCUUGGAGACAACCACCACCCGGAUUCGCAACCCAACCUCAACAAUGGAAUCAACAAGCUCAACAACCAUACAACUCCAACAUCCAAUAUCAAAACCCAUCUCCAUUCCAAACCCAAAACCAAAGAGGAAACUAUGCAAGAAACAACCAACACAAUAAUCAACACCAAUACCACAAUCAAAGUCAAACGACUCAAAGGAGUCAAGAGCAAACAUCUCAACCCAAUUCUAAUCAAACCCAAAUUCUUCAACAACUUCAAGCCAUGAAUCAAAAAAUGCAAGAGGUCAAGGCUCACAACAAGAUGGUUGAUUCACAACUAGCUCAAUUGGCCGAGAGGGUUCCUUUCAACUCAUCUUCUACUUUACCCGAACAAUCACAAACCAACCCUUCUAACAUCGUGAAACCCGACUCUUGCAAGGCAAUCACAUUGAGAUUGAGCACAUCCUAUGAAGGUCCCAAGGAGGGAGAUGGCAAAGAAAAGAAGGAGAAGAGAGGGUGA